CUCACUUCUCUCUCGCUCCAUCGCCGUAUCGUCUUAUUCCUUUUUCCCAGCGACCUGUUUCUCCAAAGGAAUCCCGAUUUCUCGCAUUUCUCCCUUUGCCCUUAACGAAGCUACAGUUAUCCGGAGCUCAAUUUGUUAUAGCAGGGUGAAAGAAUGGCAGAACUGAGCAUGGGAAUACUCAUUGAUAUUGUUGACGAAGAAUGGAUGAAAGACACUCUUCCUCAUGACGAUCUUCCACUGCCACCUGUUAUGGUAGUUCGAACCGAUGACACUGAGGAUUCGAAUCAGGAGAAUCAACAAGUUGAUGGUGAUAGUUGGCAUGAUCUUGCAUUAGGCAAUCAAUGAACUUUUUCAGCAUUGAUAACAUCUGAUUGUAAGUUGCAUAGUUGGGGUCCCUCUUUAAAUGUUAUCAAGCAUGCAUCUGUUUGCCAUAUUGGAUUAUAUACCUUUUGGACUUUGAGAUUUUUAGUGCAAUUCUCACAUAACAACCUCCACCACUACAAUGAUAAUUUGAAAGAAU